UGGGAAUGUCGCGCAGCCUUCUACAUGCAGUCGUAUUGUCUCAGUAAUCCCUCUGUCUAGUAAAAGAAAUGCUAGCAAAGCGUAGGACUCCGAGAGAGAUUGAAGUCACAUUCAAAACCAGUUCACAUUAAGGUAACUCGCACAUCCGCUUUCGUGGUGUUGCACGUGGUAGUAAUGGCCACCAAGGCCGCUAGUCAAAUUUAUUAUUUGUUUUUCGUAUUUUCUUGUAAACUUGGACCUGUUCUGAGGAGCCUCAUUAGACAUGGACACCACUUUCCACUUUUCCAGUUUUGCUAUAAAAGGAGCCCUAAACCUCUCUCAAGUCACAAUCUCUCUCUUCUAGCACUCAGUUCACCAUGGCUGGUUUUCGUGCGUGUCUGCUCCUUGCUUUGGCCACCAAUGCCUUCGCUGGAUUCAACCACGGAGGUUUUGGCUAUGGCUACGGUUAUGGUCUUGGCCUGGGCCACACUGUCGGCCUGAGCAACGGCUUUGGCUAUUCUGGUCUGACCGGAUACUCCGUCGCUGCCCCAGUCUCUAGCUACGCUGUUGCUGCUCCAGCCGUGAGCCGCACUGUGUCUACGUCCUACCACGCUGCCCCAUCCGUGGCCACCUAUGCCGCCGCUCCAUCUCUGACUGGCUACGCUGCUGCUCCAGCUGUUGCUACCUACUCCGCAGCCCCAGCCGUCGCUACUUUUGCGGCUGCUCCGGUCCCUACUUACGCUGCUGCUCCAGCUUUGACCAAGGUCGCUACCACCUACCAGGCCGCUCCAGCGGUGGCUAGCUACCAGACCUACCAGGCUGCUCCAGCUGUCGCCACUUACUCCGCAGCCCCAGCUGUGACCAAGGUCGCUACCACCUACCAGUCUGCCCCAGCUGUGACUACUGUUCACUCCGCUCCAGCCGUGGCCAGCUACCAGACCUACCAGGCUGCUCCAGCUAUCGCCACUUACUCCGCUGCCCCAGCUGUGACCAAGGUAGCUACCACCUACCAGGCUGCCCCAGCUGUGACUACCGUUCACUCCGCUCCAGCAGUGGCUAGCUACCAAACCUACCAGGCCGCUCCAGCUAUUACUACUUACUCCACUGCACCAGCUGUUACCAAGGUUGCUACCGCCUACCAGACCGCUCCAGCAGUGACUAGCUACCAAACCUACCAGGCCGCUCCAGCUGUCGCCACUUACUCCGCUGCCCCAGCUGUGACCAAGGUCGCCACCACCUACCAGGCCGCUCCAUCGGUGGCCAGCUACCAGACCUACCAGGCUGCUCCAGCUAUCGCCACUUACUCCGCUGCUCCAGCUGUGACCAAGGUCGCUACAACCUACCAGUCUGCCCCAGCUGUGACUACAGUUCACUCCGCUCCAUCUGUGGCCAGCUACGAGACCUACCAGGCCGCUCCAGCCAUCUCCACUUACCACGAAGCGCCAGCUGUCGCCAAGGUUGCCACCACUUACCAGGCAGCUCCAGCUGUUGCCUCCUACUCUGUUGCCCCAAUUGCCACUUACUCUGCUGCUCCGGCGGUCACCAAGGUAGCCACUACCUACCAGGCUGCUCCAUCCGUGACUACUGUGCACGCUGCUCCAGCUGUGACCAGCUACCAGACCUACGAGGCUGCUCCAGCGGUCGCUAGCUACGAGAGCUACCACGCUGCUCCAGCAGUCACCACUGUGGCCAGCGGACCAGCCUACGGCUAUGGAGUCAGCUCUCUCGGCUAUGGCACUGGCGACUUCGGCUACGGUUAUGGUCUCGGCAGCUACGGUCUGAACUACGGCUAUGGCCUUGGCGCCUUCGACGACUACACCGCUCUUCUUCGCAAGAGGAAGUAAAUUCGAAGACAACAUUCAUCAUCCUCCCAAACCAGGGUUAUGCAAGACCUGACGACCAUCCAUCUUCUUUUUGUUCCUUUAAUUAUUUUAGUGAAACAAUAAAUUAUUUCUAUACCUUGAA